UUUGACGUGAGGUUAAAAAAGUGAGUGUAUUUGGAUUUGGUGUUGAUGUUAUUUUCAACAAGAAUUUAAAAUUAUUUUAAUCAAUAAGGAAUGAUUUGUCUUAAGAUGUAUAUCUAGAUGCACCUGUAGCUAUGAUAUCAGAACUUCUGUUGGUUUCUAAAAGGGCAUGAUUUAUAAAUAUAUUAAUUUGAAAAGCUUUCUAACCAAUAAAUGGGAUGAAUGAAGAAGAUCUUCUCAAAAGAUCUGCUGAAGAGCGAGAGAAGAUCUUUAAGCGUUAUGAACAAGGUAGAGAAUGCACUGAAAUUGACCCAUGGGAAGAUCCUGGGUAUGAAGUUUAUCAUGCUACAGACAGAUAUGGAUUUAUUCAUGACAAACGUUUACCAUCCAAAGUGGAUCCACAAGAAGCCAAAAAGAAACAAAUAGAAGUUGAACGUCAAAAAAAAUGGUUGAAAAUGUUAAGAAACUGGGAUUCUGCAGUUGUUAAAGAAAAACUACAUUCUCGUGUAUACAAGGGCAUUCCAAAUUCUUUACGUAGUGAAGCGUGGUGUAAGCUGUUGCAAGUAGAUAAAGUAAAAAAGAAAAAUCAAGGAAAGUAUCAGGAAAUGAUGAAACUUGCUAGAAAAUACUCUACAGAUGCUCGACAAAUAGAUUCAGAUGUAAACAGACAAUUUAGGGAACAUUGGCAUUAUAGAGAGAGAUACAGCAUUAAACAGCAAAUGUUGUUUAAUGUAUUGACAGCUUAUGCCAUGUACAAUUCAGAGGUUGGCUAUUGUCAGGGUAUGUCAGGUCUUGCUGGAGCUUUACUUAUGUAUAUGGAUGAGGAGGAUGCAUUUUGGGCUGUGCAUAUUUUACUCACGGAUCCUAAAUAUGCUAUGCAUGGUUUAUAUAAAGAAGGAUUUCCGAAACUAACAAGAUUUUUAGCCCAUCACGAUAAAAUUUUAACAAAACUGUUAUCGAAAAUUAAGAAACACUUUGAUAAGCAUGGCUUAGAUACUAUUUUAUAUUCACUAAAAUGGUUUUUUGUGUGCUUCAUUGAAAGGGUUCCCUUUAGUUUAUGUUUAAGAAUUUGGGAUAUAUAUCUCUUGGAUGGAGAAAGAGUUAUUACAGCAAUGGCCUACACAAUACUCAAAAUGCAUAAAAGGCAAUUAUUAAAACUAAAUGAUAUGGAUGCCAUAGUACAUUAUAUACAGGUAAAACUUCAUAAGGACUUUUUGUAUGAUGAUGAUACUGUGAUAAGGCACUUGGAGCAGUCAAUGGAAGAAUUGAAAAAGCAUAAAUUGGAUCAUCCAGGGCCCCCAAAUAGUGAUGAAUUACCUUCACGCCCUUUCGGUAUUUUUAAAGAGCCAACAUUCGAAGAGAUAGUUGGAAUUAGAAAAGAAAAAUUUAGUGAAAAAGAAAAGCGAACGCAGGAGAUAGUUACAAUAACCAGUGACACAGCUAGAGAACAAGCCGAAAAGGAGGAUAAAGAGAGCCAUCUCUCAGUUGCCGAUUCCGUGGGAUUCACAGGUUCGAAAUUCUCUUUCGAUCCCUCGAUAGACGAUGCAAGUUCGCUGUUGGAAUAUCGCGAACAUAAUGGUUCUCGACGAUCAUUGGCCGAUACGAGCGUCACUUCAACGGCGGAUCUUUCGGUAUUUUCAACAAUUACCAGGUCUCAAGCUCAUGACAACAGUUUAGAUACACAUAGUAAUAUGAGCGAUAACUCAGUAGGCGGGGCAAGCUCAGUUGGAUCAGAUGUUACAGGUAUGCAAAAGCCGAUCACCAGUGCCCAGUCGACACCGAGGGCCACUCCCCACAACCCCAGCCCUGACGUGUUGCGCAUCUACGUUCCGUACUCGCCACUGGACACCCCGAUUGCCAGCCCUCAUAACGGCGACGUUCAGAAAAUACAUCCGUGCUCGUUUCCCGAACUGAACAAAAUACGGAUCCGUAUCGAUAACGAUGAGCUGGCCACGCCGCUAGUCGAACACGGCCAAAUCAAACAUUUUAAAUUGGAAAGUCCAGAAAUCGAUUUGAAAUGAGUCUUGCCCGCGAAUUAAUGUAUUUAUAUUUACGAAUUGACAGAAGUCAGAACCGCAACAAGUCAGUUUUAAAAAGACAUUAAAUCCUUUAUUUUUUAUUUUAAAUCAUUUCUAAAAUUAAAAUUAUUUCAAUCUUAAAGCUUCAUUCAGAACCUCGCAAUUAGUGCAAUAAAUUAGUGGUUUCAAUUAGCCUAGAAGUUCGUUCCUUUAGUUGCAAUGUAAGCAUUUAGAACGUCAAAGUAGUGGUAGAUAUUUUCAUUUAGUAGAAAAAGUUAUCAAAUUUUUGACUUGUCCACUAAUUAUACUUCAAAAU